GUCCCAUGCCUCGUAUGGCAAUAACCGCUCCUCAGCUGCGGACCGGCGGCAGCCUCCCGCGUCUCGUCAUCCGCAAGAAGGGAGUUGGAUUUCUUUCUCCGACUGAGUGAGAGGCUGAACUUCGCAGGCCGCCUCCUGCCCCCGCUGGGCCCGGCCCCUCGCAGGGGGAGGCGGCAGGCGGAGGGGGCCGAGCCGAGGGGAGGGGGCAGAGGCGGCGGGCACCUCCUGCCCAUGAGGGCCUGAUGGAAAACACAAAGGACCUGAGUCUCCCCUCUUGUGUGAAACCCCCUGGGGAAGAGGCUAUGGACAAAACCAUUGACAAACAGCAGAAACUGGCUUCAGACAAAAUGCUGUCAUACAUAGCAAAUGAAGAGACAGGAAAAAUCAUUUCUGUAAUUUUCCAGCUGAGAUUUUACUUGUAAUAAGAGUGGAAGGCACAUUUCCAUAUAGAGUUUUGCCAAUACUUGAGCAUAGUCUUCAUCAAGACACUAAAGCAAUUUCCUGAACAGAGCAUACUUCACGAACAGAAAGGAAAAGACGUGAUUCAUUCGGGAUGUUUGACGGUUAUGACAGUUGUAGUGAGGACACCAGCAGCAGCUCCAGUUCAGAUGAAAGCGAAGAAGAAGUUGCUCCUUUGCCAACCAGUCUCCCAAUUAUAAAGAACAAUGGGCAGGUCUAUACUUAUCCAGAUGGCAAAUCUGGCAUGGCAACAUGUGAGAUGUGUGGAAUGGUUGGUGUGCGCGAUGCUUUUUACUCUAAAACAAAACGCUUCUGCAGUGUGUCAUGCUCUAGAAGCUAUUCAUCGAACUCCAAGAAGGCCAGCAUUCUGGCCAGGCUUCAGGUAGCGGGUAAACCGCCAACAAAGAAGGCUAAAGUUCUACAAAAACAACCCUUAGUGGCUAAAUUAGCAGCAUAUGCUCAGUAUCAAGCAACUUUACAAAACCAGGCAAAGACUAAGGCAGCUGUCCCUGUGGAAGGUUUCAGCUGGGGUAACUACAUCAAUAGCAAUAGCUUUACAGCAGCUCCUGUUACGUGUUUUAAACAUGCACCUAUGGGGACGUGCUGGGGUGAUAUCUCAGAAGGAGUGCGAGUGGAGGUUCCAAACACAGACUGCAGCCUACCUACCAAAGUCUUCUGGAUAGCUGGAAUUGUAAAAUUAGCAGGGUACAAUGCUCUGCUAAGAUAUGAAGGCUUUGAAAACGAUUCAAGUCUUGACUUCUGGUGCAACAUUUGUGGGUCUGACAUCCACCCAGUUGGUUGGUGUGCAACUAGUGGGAAGCCCCUAGUCCCGCCUCGAUCCAUCCAACACAAAUACACAAACUGGAAAGCUUUUCUAGUGAAACGACUUACUGGUGCCAAAACACUUCCUCCUGACUUUUCUCAGAAGGUGUCUGAGAGUAUGCAGUAUCCGUUCAAAGCUUCCAUGAGAGUAGAAGUUGUAGACAAAACACACCUUUGUCGAACACGGGUAGCAGUGGUAGAGAGCGUCAUUGGAGGACGGUUAAGACUGGUGUAUGAAGAAAGUGAAGACAAAACUGAUGACUUCUGGUGCCAUAUGUACAGUCCGCUCAUUCAUCACAUUGGUUGGUCUCGAAGUAUAGGACAUAGAUUCAAAAGAUCUGAUAUUACAAAGAAACAAGAGGGACAUUUUGAUGCACCCCCACACUUAUUUAUGAAGGUAAAAGAGGUUGACACAGCUGGGGAGUGGUUUAAAGAAGGAAUGAAAUUGGAAGCUAUAGACCCCUUAAAUCUUUCAGCAAUAUGUGUGGCAACUAUUAGAAAGGUUUUAGCAGAUGGCUAUCUUAUGAUUGGGAUUGAUGGCUCAGAAGCAGCAGAUGGGUCUGAUUGGUUUUGUUACCAUGCCACUUCCCCUUCUAUUUUCCCUGUUGGUUUCUGUGAAAUUAACAUGAUUGAACUAACUCCACCCAGAGGUUAUGCAAAACUCCCUUUCAAAUGGUUUGACUACCUCAGGGAAACUGACUCAAUAGCAGCACCUGUAAAGCUGUUCAAUAAGGAAGUUCCAAACCAUGGGUUUCAUGUUGGAAUGAAAUUGGAGGCGGUUGAUCUGAUGGAACCUCGCCUGGUAUGCGUGGCCACGGUAACUCGCAUUAUCCAUCGCCUGUUGAGGAUACACUUUGACGGGUGGGAAGAUGAAUAUGAUCAGUGGGUGGAUUGUGAGUCUCCAGACCUCUAUCCAGUGGGAUGGUGUCAGCUAACUGGAUAUCAACUACAGCCUCCAGCACCACAAGCGUCAAGAGAUAGCCAGUCAAGUUCAUCAAAACAGAAGAAAAAAGCUAAGUCACAACAGUACAAAGGACAUAAGAAAAUGACUUCGUUGCAGCUGAAGGAGGAGUUGCUAGAUGGAGAAGAGUAUAGCUUCCUUCAAGGAGCAUCUGAUCAGGAAAGCAAUGGAUCUGCCAGUUACUACAUCAAACAAGAACCAUAAAGGCAGAGCUCAGAAAAGUGAGGGGCAGGGUACUGGUGAUAGGAAAAGAGCCUUUCUCCAAGACUGACUGAUUUUGUUCCCACUUUGAUGGUACAGUUUGGAUGGCUGUACCUGGGGCACUUUGCUAACUGUAGAUGAGUUAGACUCAGUUCAGAAUUUUUUGGAAGGGCGGGGAAACUAUUUUAGUGAAAAAGAUUUUUCAAUUUAUUAAAAACAAAAAUGGACACUUUUGUGUUGUAUUUGAAGCUUUUGAAAGAAUUUUGUAAUAUUUUCAAGUUCAGAUUUAUUGUGCAUUGUUAACAAGAACUGAAAUUCUAAUUUUUGGUAAGAUUAAAGUUUAAUCAGCAGGAUUGUGGGAAGCUGUUGGAGGAAGAUAUAGUUGCAAAUACAAAUGAACUGUCAUAACAAAUGAACCUUUUUGGUACAAGUUGGGAGAGUUUGAGACUCUUGUGAACUGCACUUGUCACGCCUCUGUUUUUUGUGAAAAUAAGGAAUUUAAGCCCUAAUCUAGAGGCAUGAAUUGUAGGCAGAAGAUAGUUCUGUAAAGCUCUACUCAGUGAGUAGCCCCAAUUGCAAUGGAGCCAUCACACGAGGGAGAUUUUAACUUUUCAAGAUGUUUUUAUUUAGUUUAAAAAAAACUUUUUUUAUGUAAGAUUUUUUUAAAUAAAGUUCCUUUUGAUCUGAUUCAGUGCCCAUUAAUAUCAGUAGCCUUGUCUCCAUUGACCGCUGUGGGCACUGGAUUGGGACUAUAAAGCUCUUGUCUGUAUAUGAAUGUCUGUAGUCUUGGAAUGCUCCAGCAAAUGUUUACAGAGCCCUAUGCCAAACUGGACCUUCAGAAAAUUCCCCCAUUUGGGAGGUUAGGUUUAGCUAUAAAUUUAGACUGACAAAGAAACUAGACAGACAGUAACUCAAGCCUCUCUUGGUAUUGGGAAAGGACUUCUGAGUGUUCUUCUGAUUUAUGUUUUCCCUUCAGGAAAACCUAGAUAUUUUCUUCCCACCUUAGGUAUUUAUUUCUGAGCUUCAGCGUGUUCAAAACUGAUGUUCCACGUGGUUCCAGGUGAGCUAAAAAGAGCCACAAUUUGUGGAUGAAAACAUUAGUUCAGUUCUGCAGAGCUUGCUCUCCUUUUUGUCACUGUGAUGGUGUAACACGGAAGUUAAGAUUUGAGAAAAAUAUGCUCAUAAAGUGGAUCUGAUUGUUUUUAGGAAUCCUUGCAUCUGCCUUCAGGUAUCCCAUUAGCUCCACCUACUUGACUGUCUAGAUCUCUUUAAAAGCAAAAAUCGUGCAAGAGAGUGAAAAUGACUAAUAGUAAAAUAUGAAGUACUUUAGCUUGAGCUGUUGAUGAUUUGGAUUUUUAUCCUUCCAUAUUUUUUAAACUUUGUAAACUUUUUGUAGAUGGCUUCAUUCAUGAAGUUGAGUAGCAAAAUGAUUAAUCAGCCCUGAAGAGCUGUGACUGGAAAAAUGUGCAUCAAGAGCUUAGGCUUUUACCAGUAAGGUUCAUUAACUAAACUCUCAGGAAUUAACUGCAUAUGUUCUAUAAGUGCUUCUGGGUCUUAGCAGGUCCCCUUCAGAGCAGUACAAUGAGCAUCUGGCUCUUGACCAUAGGUUAGGGCUUAAAAAAAAUUAAUCAAAAUGAUUAACUUCUGUGUUCCUACAGCCUAUGAAACGCUUUAAGGAUAUCAACCAACCCACAGAGCCCCAGGAGACCAUUUUUGUAUAUUGUUGUUUGAGUGUAAAAAAAAAUUUUUUUGAAAAAAGUGCAUAGAAAGUUGAAAACCAGCAAUUUGAUUUUUUUUUUCUAAAAUAUUGCUCUAACUUUGGGUACAUAGUAUUGGUAAUAUGCACAGGUUUACCUCAUUCUAUGCAAGAGGGGUUAAUUAUGUAAAGUUUUGUAUUUACUACUGGAAGUAAAAAUUGUCCUGUAUAGUGUAGGAAUGUCUGGAAUUCUUUUCUCCCUUACUGGUAAAAUUUCUUUAAUAAUGACCCCUUUUUGACAACAGUUUCUUAUAUUGACAGAAUCUGAUUAUCAGGUUAUAAAUAUCUGUAAAUUCAGGUGGUAAAGGCAUUUAGCUCUCUAACAGCCAUAGUAAAAAGACUCUGUCAGAGUUGGUAGACUUCAAAUGCGUUCUCAGAUUCUGACCCACCCAUUACCUGUAUUCUAAAUAACCUGGGUUGGAGACAUAGGAUUAAAGACCAUUGUAAUGGUAUUUUUGUGAGCUUUGAUUUACCCGGGCUCUGCGUUUAUCCUGCCGUAAGCAGGUUAACCCGUUCCACAAGCAUUGAUUUGGGUUGGUAAGUACAUCACGGUUGGUUGGUUGGUUUGUUUUUGAAUGGGACAAUUUGCGGGUUGUCUCAGCUGGAACAGAUUGGGACAGUCUUGUUUUCUCCUCUCUUAAGACCUCUGUUUUAAGUAAACAUCAUGACUUAAGUAGAAACACUACUGCUUUAAUUUGUGUUUCUUUAGGAAUGUGAAUUUGAGCUGGAAAACUGGGCUAGUAAUGAGAAAGUUGUAUUUCCAAGUCAGGAAACCUGGAACCCUCAGCUUGUGUGUAUUGCCCAGAUUUAGAACUUGGUUUCCUAGUCAUAUCUGACUUUUGAGGUACCGUCUUCAAGUGUUAAGAGGAAAAUUUAGCACUUACUUUGAAUAUACUUCCUGGGUUGGAGAAAUGUGAGAAUCUGAUCUGAAGUCUGUCAGUCUUCCUAAUAUAUUUUUUUUUAAAAAAAAAAAAAAAAAAAAGAAAGUGUCUUGUCAGCUAAACACUAAGGUCUGAGAGAGAACUUGUACUCUCAAAUAUACAUGCACCUUCAGUAGGAGUUGCAUGCUGAGAUUUUGGGGCAAAAUUUCUCUCAUGUCUCUGAGUUCAAAAUAGGCCCAUAUUGUUCAGUUGUCAGGUACAGUGAAGUCUGUCCUAAGCAAACCACGUAGUGAAUGAAUUGAAGUCAUUUGCUUACGAGAGGUUUAAGUAAAACCUGAGCAAAAUUCUACCAGACACUUAGAGAAUGGGCUCUUUAAAAAUGGGUUACCUGUGGGCUGUGGUAUCCAAAGUGCAGACUUCACUGUAUUUGUAAAGCAUUAAUUAGUAAUAUGGUUCUAAGUAUUCUUAUUUUCACUCUAUUCUAAGCCGUGUUACUUGGCUAUAAGAAGAGCAAGGUGUUGGACAUCUGAAUCUUUAAUGGGGGUCAAACUAAUUUCAGUAUUUGGCAUAGCAGGUUUUUAUAACCAUAGGGUAGUGCAGGUUACGUAACUUACUUUGCAGCUACCCGCUUUUAUUGUUCAAAAUCUUUCUGGUUUUUGAUUUUUAUGUUAUUUUAAAUAAAAUUCUUUAACCUUUUCAUUGCUGCAUCUGAGGAAAGCUAAAGCAGUUAUUGAUUUCUUGUUCUACGGAUACUAACACGGGUUUCAGUGUUUGUUUGUUUUUAUUAUUGUUGUUUUAUGUGAUGUGAAUACCCUCUCCCGUCAAUAUUUGUACGAUGGUGCUAAUAUAUUUGGUAACAAUCCUUUAUUGGGAAGGGAUUUUAAAAAACUGUGAUUUAAACUGAAUUUUUCUUCCUUUUAAUUUUCAUAUUUAAGAAAAGCCACAGCCAUUUAUACAAAAAGGCAUCCCCUUUGGCCCCUGGGAAAUACGUUGGGGCGGGAAUCAAGAUGAAACAAAUAGGGUUUUUACAUCAUUUCUGUAUGUAUUUGAUAUAUAGAUCAAUAUCUGUACAAAUUUAAUCUUUUAUUUUCUUGGUAAUUUGUGUGGUCAGUGAGAGAGUAUUUAAAACUUUCUCAUGCAAUGUACAUAACUAAGUGACAAAAUGCUUUUGGAGAAAUUAAUGUUACUUUCAUUUUUAUGAGACUGCAGAUUUUCAGCAUGGAUGUGAAAAGCAUUAAAAUUAUAACUUUGUGUACAAGAUG